AGUCAGCUGGGUUCUCUUGUUCGGGACUGUAUCCGUGUUUGUUUCGUGUUGUGCAGUGACUCGAGUUAUUUUUAUCGAAAAUUCGUUUGUGUUAUUGACUUUUGUGCUCAAAUUUACGUAAAUGGUUUUUGGAGUUUCACAUGGACUGACACGCUGAGGACGAACAUUUAGCUUGGUGUUCCGAGAGAGAGUGAGAGCUAUGAAGGCGGUGGAUCCGUCUCUAGAGGUCAGCGUGAUCGCAGGCGACAUCCUUCUUCCCGACUCCAUGACACCCAAACCCGACUCAGACUCCAAGACCCAGGUGAUCCUGCGUGGGUCUCCCGCAAAACACCCAGCGAGCAGCAACUACGUCAACGGAGAUGCGAAAAGUGCUGUGAACGGUCUCGGGAAAGGCGACUCCAAGUGCAACAAGACUAAUGGGAUUCAGAAUGGUGUGGUGAUACAGUGUUCUCCGAGAAAAGAGAGGUCUGACUCUUACUUGAACGGAGUCGUGAACAACGGGUUCGAUCGGGGCGAUGAGGAAAAACAUUCUCUCGAAUCUCUGGUGGAAACAGAACCGGAAAAUGAGGCUGUAGUGUCUGGUUGUCGCAGCAGAUCACCCCCCGAGGACAUUCCCCGAGGAGUCAGCGCAGUGUACGACGGACUCACGGUGGACAGUGGCCUAGAGUCAGCGGCCUCUAGUUGGGACCGGACAGUGGCGGAGGCGAAGGAGCAUGCAGUUGCGCGGCUGCAGGAGGAGCUGCGUCGUGCCAGGGAGGAACUGAAGCUGCGUGACGAGGAGGUCGAACGACUAAGCAGGAUACGACAGGAGGUGGAGAGCGAACUGGAGGAGUUAACGGCGAGUCUGUUCCAGGAGGCUCACAACAUGGUGAGGGUAGCCAAUGAGAGACAGGCUGCUGCGGAGAAGGCUCUGCGGGAGAGUACGAUGCAGGUGGAAGUGUUGACUGCGGAGGUGACUGCGUUGAAGACUCUAGUGUUGACCUCGACACCCAGCAAGCCCAAUCCUCACCUACACCCACAGAUCGACCCCAAAGCCAAGGACGAGUCUGCUAACUCAGGCAACCCUCUGUUCCGCAAGCAUAGAAGAUCUCCGUCCCACUUUAACCUGAAGUACGGAAGGGAGAAUUCCCCCCCAGACUCGCCUACCAAGGAGAGACCUUCCUCCCCCACCACGGAACCUGCGGAAGUCAAGGACGGUCUGGAGGUGGACCCUGUGUUGCAUAGAGAGUUCCUAGCGUGGAAGGAGAGUCCGACGCUGGACCAGGAGAGUGAGUUUGUCAGCCGAGUUUACAGAGAAGACAUCGACAGCUGUCUGGCGUUCAACAACACACAGCUCGGUGAAGAUGUGCGAAGAGCAAUACAGUCGGGAACAAUCUACAUAGAGGCUGUCAACGACAAAACUCGGACACACUUCCCCAAGAAGUGUGCUCUGCUUGAAACACCUCGCCAGUGCCAGUACCGGAUGAGGCUAGGAGAAACGGACACUUGGCACUGCAUCUCCCAGAUAUGCCGAAAUCGGAUCAUUGCUGUCUGUGAUUUCCUGAACUAUCUAAACUACAUACAACGAGGCCUGGUAAAAAGCUCAGUUCACGAUACCUACUGGGAGAUCAUAAGGUUGCGGAAGGAGAUGGUUCUAGCAAGGCUUGGACUUCCACUAACUGUUUGAGCAUUAUAAAAUAACCGUCAAUGUAGACUAUGUACAUAAUGACAGGUGCUAAAGCACAUAUUGUUACCAUGGUUAUGUGGAUAUUAUCCUCCAAAUAUGUUUUAUUAUAAGUGUAAAAAUAAAGGAAAGAUCUGAAUAUCAACCUAAUUAAUUUUAAUGCUAAACCCAUUUUCCUGACAAAUUUAAAUUAUUUUACGUGUUUGCUAAUGACUUUUUUUGGUUAUUAGUGCAAAAGUAAUAAUGUGCAAGACUGAAAACUAUAAAUAACAUGUCUCUAAAUUUAUUAUUGUAGGUAAUGAUAAUUGCCGUAUUGGUACUGUUACCAUGGUUAUGUAAUAAACUUUGGAUAUUAUCCUCCCAAUAUGUUUUAUUAUAAGUGUAAAAAUAAAGGAAAGAUCUGAAUAUCAACCUAAUUAAUUUUAAUGCUAUUGUAACCCAUUUUCCUGACAAAUUUAAAUUAUUUUACGUGUUUGCUAAUGACUUUUUUUGUUUAUUAGUGCAAAAGAAAACUAUAAAUAACAUGUCUCUAAAUUUAUUAUUGUAGGUAAUGAUAAUUGCCGUAUUGGUACAUCAAAUAGAUUUAUGUUAAUAAUUAAAUUAUAUUGCAAAAUAUUCUUAGUGAAAUUCAUUGGAAGAGUGCCAAUUUAAAAUAUAGGUUAUGUUAAAGUCAAGUAAGUGUAGAUAGCUAGUUCUUAAAAGGAAUUGAAUGAUAACAUUGUAAAUAUUAUUUUAGUUUGUCAUGUUUUACUAUGUUUUUUUCUAAUUUUGUCAACAUGAAAAAAUUACGAUAAUUUCUUUGUCUUCAGUUUUGUCAUUUUCUUUUGUAAGAAAGUUUGUUGUUUAUUAUACCUUUCUCUUAAAUGUGUAAGUAUAUUUGUAAAAACAUAUUAAUUGAUUAAAAAUUAAUUUUUGUCUUUUGUCUUUGUUUAUGCACUUGUUAUGCUAUUCACAUUAAAUAUAAAAUUUACAACAUUGUUAGCCUUUUUGUCUGAAUGGUGUAGGAUUACCAUUUUGAACCAAUAAAUAACCUAAACGAAUUUAAGAUCUGUUAUUUUUUAUAGAUUUAUUGCUUCCAAAGUAUAUUUAAGUAUUUAGGAAUGUUCAUAAGAAUUUAUUUAUUAGUUAAUUGAAUUGAAUCUGUAUUUACCAACCAAAGAUUUUAGUUGUAAGAUGAAUGAAAAAUAUAUUUCAAUAUAAUUGGCUCAGAUAUUUAUAAUUUUAUGUAAAAAAAUUAAAUAGAUUUUAGAGAGUAUUUUCAUGU